CAUUUCCACAAAUUCACAAUCAUAACCAAAAACGAACAUAUACAAUCUCGUAUUUAUCAACGUCUCAUAUCAAGAAAAAUUAUUCCUACACAAAAAUAGAAAGUACCUCCCUCCACCCCGACCCUACCAACGCAAGAAACACAGAAAAAAAAGUGUGUCAACCGCCCGACACACGCACAACGAAUAUGGAAAGUGCGCUUCAACAGGGUGCUCCUUAACUUUUCGCGUGAGAAAGUGUUGCAAUCCGACCGGCCGUAAAGGUCCUCAGGUGGCAUGUCUCACGAACCUUCGGACACAACUGCGAUUCAGGAACUCCAGCCGAUGGCGACGCUUCAGUCGGCAAAGCGACGCCGUCGAAGAAUGAGCCUAAGGACGUCGGUUUUACGAUCAGGCUGAGUCUAACGUGCGUUCCGAGGUUAGGAUGUUGGAUUGUCAACAAGCCCAGGCUUCUACUGGAAGACCACCUCCGAGCCAAGAGAAGAUGUCGCUGAGUGGUGUUUGGCAGACUCUUGUAAGGACGCAUCGUCUUCCAGAGGGCACAGAUAUCCAACCACUGGUUUCCUCAUUGAGAGAUAGACUCCACGACCCAGAAAAAGAAGUUCGACAGCACGCAGCCAGAGUACUAGCUGACCUCAUCCUAGCUCUUCCAAAAAAUUCCUUCAAGCAACAUAUAAGACCACUUCUUCCAAGCAUAGUGACAAACUUGGGCCACAGUUCCUUAGCAGUAAGAAAGAGUAUGUUGGAUUGCCUGAAGGUGUAUAUCAAACACACUCCCACUCCAAAUGAUGACUUCCUAGAAAUUAUAAGAACCAAGGAAGAAACCCCACAACCUGUAUUGAACGGUCUACUUGCCUUUAUACCUUCAUUAGUAAAACCUGAGAUUCUUAGUCUAGAAUCAAUGGAAAGAGCUGUAGAUACUUUGUGGGCUUUUAGUCAGCACUGUGUAAACGAAGAAAUAUGUAUGAGAUCUCUGGCGAGAAUUAGAUGGAAAUUGGGAUCGGAAGCAUUCAACAGAAUUCUUCAUGCAGAUCGACUGAAAUCAUUCAAGAACUUAUCAGAAAAGUAUGGUCUCUUCGAUAACCCAGACGAAGAUUAUUCGUCAAGUACUUCAGAAGACAAAUUAAUCCUAGAAACUGAGAUUCAACUCGAAUCUGGAUCAUCUUUGAAGUUACAGAUACACGAAGAAAGUUCAGAUAACUCUGACGCUCGGAACCAAGGAAUUCUUCGUAUUUUAGAAGAUGACAGUGAUCUUGAAUUCUACGAAUCUGCAAGGAAUACUCCAAGAACACCAAGAAGAGUUCAUUUUGGCGGUGAAAUUGUGAAAAUGAGAACUCCGGAAAGUGAUAGUACACAGACUAGUGAUUCUGAGAAGAAAGUGAGGAAAUCUACUCUAACUCCUGUACAAAGUUUUGUUAAAAUAAAAGAUAAACCUGGAAAACCCACCAAAAAAGAGCCAACGAAGGUCAAGAAGAGGAUGAGCAAAUCUUUGGAAAAUCUUGCAACAACUUCUGAUGAAAGUAAAAACCAAACAAAAACUAAAAUUCCCAUAACUAAAAAUUCUGCUCCUAACUCUCCAAUAAAGGACCCAGUUCCAGAAAUAAAAAAACCUAGACUCCAUAACUCGGCACCUAACCUGUCAAGAACUUCCAAAAUUCCAAAAAAACUACCAAAUGAUAAAACGAAAGGAAACAUAAAAACAACAUUGACUUCAGAAAGUAAGGUUCAACAAAACAAUGGUAAUAAACACAUCAUUUCUAAUUCUAAUACCAACAAACAAUUCACGCAAGAUAGCACUGUAUUCAUGAUCAAAGAGAACAUGAAAAUGAUAGAACUCAAUAUCAAAAAUAAUAUUGCUCUACAAAUUCUAUUCACAAAUGGAAAUGAAACUUCAGAUGGUAAAACUGAAACUGCUGUCAAAAUAACAGAAUUACCUCCUGAUGGUGAACCGAAAGUAGAAAAGGGGUUGGAUUCAUCACCACUCGAUACAAAAGCAACGAAAAACACAAACAGCACAGUAACUAAAGAAGAAAAACGGAAAAUAUCUGAGUCUCAAGUUGAUAAAAGUGAUGAUAAUAACACUACAAAAAGUAAUAACAAGGAUAAAAAAGAAAAUACUGAAACGAAAGAGAAGACAAAAUCUAUUCAAGAUUCUGCAAAAAGUAAAUCUAUUCUGAAUGAACCUCCAACUACAACUCCACUUGAAAAACCUAGUCCAAUUGAUCAAAAACCUCCUAAAAAACAAGAAAACGACCCCAAAUCAACUAAAAAAGAUAAACCACCUCUAAAACUCCACAUUGCCAAAAACACUGAAGAAGAUAAAAAAUCUUCUUCUCCACUGAUUGAUGAAAAUGUUCUUCUCGAGUGUGUUAAACAGCCAAGAAGAUACAGCAGAGCAGAGGAUUUACUCAGUCCGGUCCCUGUUCAUAACGAAAUACAAAUUCUCCACAAUUUAGCAAGAAGCCCGGAACAUUCCCGAAAAAAUAAGAGCAGACCCUCAACAGCUACCAUAAGACCACAACAGUUAAGUAGACCAGGCACUGCCACCAUUCAGAAAGCUUACGAAAGCUUCAGGGUGUUUCCUGAAGAUGUGGCCAAUAACAAUGUUUCAAAGGAAGUCGAAAAAUCGGAAGAUAUGGAGCAAACAUCAGAAACCAUUGAAACAAAAAUUGAACAACAACAAUCCGUAUCGUCUACUGAAGGUGAAGUGCCGUUGAAAGAAGAAAUGAAGAUAAUAGAAGCUUUUCCAGUGCAAACCUCAGCCCCCACUACAAAUGGAAAAUAUUCUUUGCCAGAUAUUAUUGAGAGAUUAAGAGAACAGGAUCUCACAAAAAACCCAUACACAUUCGACUCAUCUAUGUCCUCUCUCCAGAACAUCGAUUUCAUAAAAAGUUUUGAUGCAGAAAAUCUGAAACAACUUCUCCAACUUCUGUUUCUCUUCGAAACGCAGGCCAGGUAUCGGAAAGGUUCAAGGGAAGCCCUCUCCCAUAUUUUGGAGCACAUUCCAGAGAAUGUUCUGAAGGAGUGUCUGCCCCAAAUAGCCAAAGGAAUCGCAAAAAUGGGCGCACCUCACGGGAUAAAAUUGGCUAUCAUCGUUAUGAAGAAAACUCAUCUUGCAGGAGAACUUCUGGAUCACCUACCAUUUCAAAGCAGUAGAGGAAGAGAAGGCUCAUUACAGAUCUUGAUAGCAGCUUGUCGCCUGUUUCCAAGCACUGAAUUAAAAAUUGACAACGCAAUUAAAACAGCGGUAUCGACUAUGAAAGAUAGAAAACGAAAAGUACGUCAUGCUUCUCUAGAAGCUUUGGCGUGUUUGGCUCAAGUUGGUGGUAACACAACAGUUCUUGAGACCGCUAGGCAGGUGCUCAAAGAUGAGGAGAAUAAGGACAACUUAUUGAAUGUUAUUCGAGCUAGAUUGUCACGUAGACAACUGCCCAUGGUGGACUUCGACGGUAACAUCAGAUACACCAUACCAAGGGAACAGAUUGAGGUGGAAUGGCUUUGCCCCGGAGGAACGUCCAAUCAUUCAGCCCCCUCCCUUCUUCAUUCCCUCCAAAGAAACGGAUUACGUCAAGAGGAUGAUCUCAUACCUCUGAAGAAUAGCAAUGCUGCUAUUAUUCCUCUUGAUCUUCAACAGAAAAAGUUAGCGCAUAGAAGAGGAAUUCUCCGUCCAGUCUACUGUAUCCUACCUUCCCCAGAAGAAAGCGAUGAAGGACCUCCAUUUUACUAUCCAGAAGAUUACAUCCGGGGCAGAUCUAUCCUUCCUCCCACGGAAAAAAAUAGAAGCGAAUCACAGGAUCGUUCAAAGUGGAAAUCUGGUGGACCCAGAAGAAGAUUUCCCUCCAGAUAUGACAUGCGGAAAAGCUUCUCCUCAGAUCAACUAUAUCACAGUCAGCCAGUUAGUUUAGAUUAUAGGAAUAAUGUGACUUCCACCUCUUCGAUAUCCUCAGGUUCAGAUUAUAGCAGUAGUAAUGGUAGCCAAAGUAAAGGAAAUAGAUGGCAAGGAUCUGGAAUACCAAUUCUGCGACCAAAAGGAUAUUGGGGAUCCUAUUCCGAUAAAUCAAGAGCUCCUCAUGAAAGCCCUUCAUCUCUUAGAAGUAUCCAAAGGCAGUCAUCUGGGUCAGAAUCUUCUGGGUACUUCACACCACCACAUGCCGAAAGACAAAGUGCAGCUGCUAGUCCUAUACAAAGACCGGAAUCUGUCAUCAAGGCUGUCACUCCUUUGGAAAGUCCCCAGAGGAUCGGAAGUUCCAAUAAUGAUGCAAUCGAGACCCAAACUAGUACUGAUGAACCACCUGGAGAAGAAGCUGUAGAAUACAUCGAGGUAAUCAACAGCAUUCCACUAGAACCUAAAACGGAGAAGAUAGAAACUGAACCAAUCCAGACAAAGCAAGAAGAUAACCCAGCCUCACAAGAUAUUCAUACCGAGGAUCAACCAAAGCACCACGUCUCUCAUGAAGGGCUUGAUGAAGUUGACAGAAAUGCUUCUUAUCCCAGCUUAAGUGAGUUCGAUCUGGAAACCACUAGGCCUAUUGUUGAAAACAGAAAGUGGUCCAAGUCCGAAGUGAACUUGGAGAAGAGUUUGCCAAUAAUCGUUGACAGGAAGAAUAUCAACUCGGCUCCGUUGAUAAAAGACAUAUCAAACAACAAUAUCACGACUGAGGUAGAGGAAAAGGUUCUAACAGGACCAACACAUAUCUGCAACAACACGAAUAUCAACAUCACGAUACCCUUGCCAGGAACAUUGAUACAAGAAGAAGAAGAAGACGUGCCUCCAGAGCCGACUCUUGUGAGGAGACUCUCCAAAAGAUACAGUCAAGUGCCAGUUCCUAAAAAGCCUGCAGCCAAAUCAAAGACAGACAGCGCUCGAGGUAGUUCCAAAUCAAAAUCGGACGUUUUGCGAAAUAUCCUCCAGCAGAUGGCCAGUCCUGAAUGGGAAGUGGUGAUGUCGGGUUUGAGGAAUUUGGGAAAACUUGCCAAGACGAACAAUGAGAUCAUGGAGCCGCAUAUGCAUACGAUAUGUUUGUCGCUUUCCAACCAGAUCAAGAAUCUGAGGUCUCAGGUGGCAAGGGCUGCUUGUCAGGCCUCCAAAGAGAUGUUUAUAUCUUGCCCCCAGAAAGGUUUGGAAGCGGAGCUCGAGGAAAUUGUUGGUCCACUUCUUCACCGAACAGCGGACACUAACAAGUUUCUUCGAGAAGAUGCGAAUAACGCUUUAAACGUGAUGACAGAAAAAAUACAUCCUGCAAAGGUCGUCCUCGUUUUGACCUCUAAAGGUACGACGCACCAAAAUGCCAUCGUUCGUAGUACAACCACAAGACUUUUGGAGUUGCUGUUCAGGAUGCAUGGCACAGAAAAAUUGUUCUCUCUUGGCAAAGACGUGAGAGAUAGAGCUAUAUUGGCAGGAGCCAAUGCUCUAACAGAAGGCAGUUUAGAGACAAGGAAGCACGCUAAGGCCUUACUAAAACAGAUGAUAUCGUAUCCUAAUUUCCAGAAAGCUCUACUUGAAGCCGUUCCUCCACACACGAUCAGACAUAUCGCCAAGACUCUAAAUUCUCUAAAAAGUUCCCAGUGAUUUCGCACCAAAAUAAAACUGGAAUAUUUACUACAUUUUACAAAAGUUGGUGCUAUUAAUUUCGUAGUAGAAAAUGUAUUUAUUAUGCUCUAGUUAUUCUUUGCAUUCCGUUAUUGAUUAUUGUUAUAGAAAAGUUUUGUCAUAAGUUUAACGUUAACAUUACCUAUAUUUUGUUAUUUUAUUGGUUGUUUCGUAUAUCUUUCAUUUAUAUUAUAGUGUUAUGUAAGCUGUUUAUACUGUGAAGAAAUAAAUAAAUAGUACAA